GUAACGUGCGCAAAACCGGAAAUGAACUCCAAAGAAGACUAAGCAGAAAACAGAUUUCCGGCAAAUACGCUUUCGUACUUUUUAUGUCGUGAAUAUUUUAAAGCGACAAACACUAGCUAACGUAUAUUUAUUUUUAUUUUUUUAGUAGUUUUACACUUAUAGGUGUCAUCUGCUGCUUCUCUCUCCGCAGCCGUCGUCAUGGAAACAGAGGAGCAGGCCAGGACCCGGUUCCAGUCCGAGCUGGAGUUCAUCCAGUGUCUGGCCAACCCCAACUACCUCAACUUUUUGGCCCAGAGGGGGUUCCUGAGAGAGAAACCCUUCAUUAACUACCUGAAGUACCUGCUGUACUGGAAGGAGCCGGAGUACGCCAAGUUUCUCAAGUACCCCCACUGCCUGCACAUGCUGGAGCUGCUGCAGUACGAGCACUUCCGGAAGGAGCUGGUGAACGCCCAGUGCACCAAGUUCAUCGACGAGCAGCAGCUGCUUCACUGGCAGCAUUACUCCCGCAAACGCACGCGGCUGCAGCAGGCGCUGGCCGAGCAGCCGCCGCCCACGCAGCAGCCGCCGCCGCACGCCAACGCCGCCGCCAAGUAGCCGCCGCCGCCGCCAAGUAGCCGCCGCCGCCGCCAAGUAGCCGCCGCCGCACGCCAACGCCA